ACCGUCUACAUUUCUUCUCUGCUUUUCCUGCGUCUCGUUGCACAGAAAUAAGCCGUUUAGUGUUGCCCAAUAACGCUUGAGAACGAAGCAGCAGAAAAAGAAGAAAACAGUCCUUAUGGAUUUGUAUUCGAAUGCGCAAAACUGGACGCAGAAUUUAACUGGAGGCACUCCAUCCACCGACGACUGGAAAGAACAGUCGUCCACCACAAAUGGAGUAGGAGGUCCUCCUGGCACAACUGCGCAGCAGCCAAGUCUGGAUUUGAGCGACUAUGCAAUAGGCGACCUCGCCGGACCUUCAACGUCUUCAUCAAUUUCUCCACCGCCUGCGUACUAUGGCGGUCCAUUCACCCCAUUUUACUUGCCUUCUGUUCCCGGUCCUUAUAAUGCCGUACCUUAUGGUUCGAUGUCCUGGGCUACCCCACCAAAUCAUCUACCCUUGUCCAACUAUUCCACGCUGAAUGGCGCAACUUCAACUUCCACCGCCCCCUCUCAACCUUCCUCGUCUCAGCAUCAAUCGCCUCCUGCACAAACCCAACAGCCGAUGAUGAUCGAUCCCGCACUGACCACUAUGAAUGGAUCUGGAUCGGAACCGCCGCGACAAUAUACGCAGUCUCCAUCUCAUGUAGCUCAACCCACUCCCCAAUCCCAGCCACGACAUCCGUAUCAAUAUCAGCAUCCUACUUUAUCGAUUAAUCCUUCCUAUGUUCUUCCUGCGCAUUUUUAUUCCUCGCAUUUAACUCAGCAUCAACCCACAUCACAGUCUCAAGGCACUCUUUCGCCCCACGUUCUUCACUCACCCACUCCUACAAUGAUGGGCUCACUCUCUUCCUUCUACGCACAAUCACCAUCUACGCCUUCAACUUCCACGACCGCAACGACAAUGACCUCCACUGCUAUUACUCCCGUUCAACCACCGACGAUAAAUAUUCAGGCUCGAAAGGAUAGCUUUGUCACUGAUAUCCGACCUCUUUUGCAGCUCAAUGCGUUCGGCGGUGCACGUGCCAUCAACAAUCUUGUUAAUCUCAUCGAUGACUUUGGUUCCGACGACGUCGAACCCGCACUACGAAUGGAAAUCAUCACCAAGAUACGGGAUAAUGCCGGCAAUCACUACUUUCGGGCAUGGUCCGAAAAUAAUACUGCCAUGGAUAUUACUCGGGAAUGGCUAAAAGCUGCUGCGACUGCCAAGUCUGACAGUCCGUUGGUUGACACCGUAAUGCCGUUACUACACAUCAUUGACAGGUUACCGCUGUCAGUCGAGUCACUCAAGUCUUCGAAGCUAGGCAAGAUUAUUGUCAAGUUAGUCAAGGAGCCUCCAGCUCCAGGUGAGCGUUCGGUUUCACAAAUAUCCACUCAUGCGGUCUCCGUGAGAGACUUCGCGAACCGUGUACGAUCUCGGCCUUGCAACCAAAGUUUGCGUGUCUGUCGUAUUAUUACUACUUGCUUGAGCCAACGAAAAUUACAUGUAUCUAACUUUUGUUUGAUUUCUGUGUUACCCAAAUGUGCAGCGAUCAAGGACAUGGCAUCGAACUUGGAACGGAGGUGGCGACAAUUGGUCGAAACUGCCCAAAAGCAGGCAGAAAAUACUCAAACUGAGGACUCUAAGCUCAAAAAGCGAAAGCCUGUCGAACAGCCGUCCGCAAAAGCGCCACCACCUGCCAAGAAAGCCGCUGUAGCGCCUACCGCAUCCGCGUCGAAGCCAACGGCAGUGAAGAAGGAGAUGAAACCUGGUAUCGCCGUGAAAGAUGCUCGUUCCGAUUCGUCUUUCUUUUCUGCGCCGAAGCCUAAAGCCAAAUUACCGAGCUUCAAGAAAGCACCGGUACCGGUCAAGAAGGAACCCGAUCUCAAUGUUGCGCAACCAUCGUCGAUCGAUCCCUUCCAGGAAGCAUUGAAGUCUAUGGGUAAAGGUCGCAGGGACUCUCCAGCAACGCCCACACCGCCACCAGCUUCGAUGUCCAUUACGCCGCCCCUGCUGUCCAUGGCUUCUGGAAGAACAAAGAGAAAGUCUGUGACUUGGGCUCCUGAUGGUCAGCUAGAGUCGAUCCGGCUGAUAGAACGGGCUGUGUACGAUGAUGACCCUGUUGAUGGCGUUCACACUGCUCACAGUUUGCGCGAUCUCGAUCGGGGAGAGGGCGCUGCUCUGCACGCUCCCCUAUUCGAGGAAGUUAUCGAUUGGACGGACCCAAUAACUCUCGAAUUCGAUCUGGAAACGUCCCAACGUGGACAGAAUAGUACAGAAAAGACGACUCAGGAGGAGCGUGAGCAGACAGCUUUAGGUGCACUAUAUAUGUCGCCAGCACAAAUACCUGACAGUCCUGGCGAGCCCACGACGACCAUCGGUGAUGACGAGAUAGAUGUGGACGUGAAGACCAUGACGGUUGGGUCAGAGUGCGAUAAUGUCUUCUGGAGAGAAGCCGAGUUGCUUCAGCCCAACGCUGCAUCUGUCGCUGAUCUCGUAGGUCAAUUAUCGGGUGGUUUUGAUUCGAUGAGUGCGCCCGCCACUUCGGGCAUCCAACCAUUUGGCUUUGAUCCCGCACUGCUGUCACAAUUGCCUAUCGCCCCAGAACAGGUGCAGGAAUUGAUGCAGCAGGCCCAAGCGCUGUUCAACCAGCACCCGUCUGGAGGCGGUGUACAAUCCCAAUUUGGAGGCACGGAUCAGAACUGGAAUCCAAACGCCACUGCUGAUUACGGUCGAGGAUUUUCUGACAACGGUAACGGUCGUGGGCGGUGGGCUGCAGAUAGGGGUCAGUUUCGCGGUCGCGGACGUGGUCGGGGACGGGGAGAAGAUGGAUCGUAUAGAAUUAGUAAACGAAAACCAUGCAGUUUUUUUGCAGAAGGAAGGUGCAGAUAUGGCGAUCAGUGCGAUUUUAGCCAUGAACCUAUCUAUUCGUGAGGGAGGAGGCUUAGAGGGAUGGUUGGUAGCAUUCAUAUCCAGCAUUGAGCAUGUUUGUGGACAAACAUUAUUUUUGAUAUCCGAUAUUACAUAUGCUGAUAGUAAAUGCAUGUAAGUAUCUGUAAGUAUACACCCGCGUCGACGUGCCAAGAACUCAAAGAAGCUGACACGCCUGGGCCUGAAUUGUGAUGAUACAAAGGA